GGGACGGGGCGGCGCGCGCAGGAUCCGCCGGGUCCGCCCGCUAUCCCACCGUGGGAUCCGCCCGCCGUCCCGCAGCUCUCCGCAGCUCCCCGCCGCUUCCUGCCGCUUCCCGCUGUGUCCCGCCGUGUGACCAUGUCCAAGUCCCUAAAGAAGAUCGUGGAGGAGAGCAGGGAGAAGAACCAGCCCGAGGUGGACAUGUGCGACCGCGGCAUCUCCAGCAUGCUGGACGUGCCCGGCCUAUUUACGCUAUCUCACAUCACACAGCUGGUUCUGAGUCACAACAAGCUUACAACUGUGCCAGCAAACAUCGCAGACCUGAGAAACAUAGAAGUGCUCAACUUUUUCAACAACCAGAUUGAGGAGCUGCCUACACAGAUCAGCAGCCUUCAGAAGCUCAAACACCUGAACCUUGGGAUGAACAGGUUAAACACCUUGCCAAGGGGAUUUGGCUCUUUACCAGCCCUAGAAGUUCUUGACUUGACUUACAACAACUUAAAUGAAAAUUCCCUACCAGGAAACUUCUUCUAUCUGACCACCCUUCGUGCACUCUAUCUAAGUGACAACGAUUUUGAAAUCCUGCCGCCAGAUAUUGGGAAGCUCACAAAGUUGCAGAUACUGAGUCUUAGAGACAAUGACCUGAUAUCACUGCCUAAAGAAAUUGGUGAACUCACCCAGCUUAAGGAACUGCAUAUCCAGGGAAAUCGUCUUACUGUGCUGCCCCCAGAACUGGGUAAUUUGGAUUUGACUGGUCAAAAACAAGUCUUCAAAGCAGAGAACAAUCCCUGGGUUACCCCUAUUGCUGAUCAGUUCCAGCUGGGAGUAUCUCAUGUUUUUGAAUACAUUCGUUCAGAAACAUAUAAAUAGGCAUGGAGCCAGCAAUUCAGUGUUUAAUACCAAGAAUGUAUGGAUCCUCAGCAUCUCAGACGACUACCUCACUGUUGUACAAAAGGUCUUAAAAUUAAUCAGAUUAAGAGACCUGUGUGUUGAAAUAAAGUAUUUGAUAUAGUUAUUGAAAGAUAGAUAGAAACUUUUUGGGUGUUGAAAAGCUUCAGUGGUAAUUGUUACCCACAUUUUAUGGUGGCAGAAGAGAGGGGAGUGAGGCAGGAGAAAUAACCAUUUUAGGGACUGAAGCUGGAGAGGUGACAGAUACCACUUUAUCAAACAUAAGUACACCUUUAGUGCAGAACAGCAGCAAAAUAGUCACAGCAAAGCCCAGCAUAUCAAAAAAGUUGUGUUUGGAUAUACUGUUUAUCUUUUUGGUCUUGUUUACUUAAUGCAUAUGGUACCUGAUUUUUUUUAUAUAUAUAUUAGCCAAAAUUAAAAGGACUGUUUCAAGAUCCAUAAGCCUGAUGAUGUUGUAUAUGCACAGUGAUAGCAGAUAUAUUACUCUGUAUCAUUAUUGCUUGUAGAAUUAUUUAAAAAUCUAUCCAAGUAUUUUGUUGACAUCUUUCUUUUAUUUACACCUCUUAGAUUUUUGGUUUAUGAGCAGCAAAAGCAAACUGUCACUAUUUGCUGCAAAUUGAAGCUUUUAAUAUCUAUGUCUGUUCUACAACAUUUGUCAGCUUUGAGUAUUCUGUCAGUAGAAAAUAAAAAUAGCAGGAAAUCUCAGCAAUAGUGACACCGAAAAUUUAUCUGCUUAUGCUCAAAAGGUGUAAAAUGCAGGUUUCUAGAAUAAGCAAUUGUAGUUUUUCUUUAAAAAAUUGCAUUUGCUGUGGCUAACACUAAACUCUACAUGCAUCACCACCAAAAUAAAUGACAAAGAAUUUGUACGCAGUGUAGUUAUCUACACAAAAUACUAUUAAACCCUUUACACAGUGAGAGCCAAAUAGAUAUGGUUUGUCAGAAUCCACAUUGAGUGCAUUUGUUGGAUACAAAGAAGUUGUUGUAGAAAUGCUCUGAAGAGUAGUUCUGCUCAAAAAACAGUGUGUUUUUCAGCUUGUAAAACUUUACUGUCAUGUCACAGUGUUUUAAAGUGAAAAGAUAUUUCAAAUGUGAACUUUUUCUAAUAGCACUGUUUUAUAUAAUCUGAAAGUGUGCUUUGUAAAACAGGUAUGUAUA